CUGGUUGCUGGCCUAGAGCUUAGGACUACGGUGGGCUCAAUGAUAGGCAAUUUGCCUUGGCAAUUAGGCACCACUCUGAGACAGCCUGACCCCAAUACCGCCCUUGGUAGAACCAUUUUGGAUAGGAUUAUACCUACAGUGAAUAUCCUUCGUGGACAUCUUCCUCUCAGCAUGGCUUCCAUGUUUUUGCCUUUUCUUCUGGCACAUCAUAAGCUUCCCAGGGAUAUCAACUGUACCAAUUUGGAAGCAUCCAAUCGCUUUGUUGAUUUGAUU